AGGGGCAAUUAGUUAAGAAUUGGGGGGAUGACCUCAAGACACUGUUGCAAUCACCGUCACCGUCUGACGUUCUCGCUGCCAUCGAACGCCGCUCUCCACCGCCCGUCACCGCGGACCGUCCACGACCUCCCAGUUCCACAAGGUGAGCAUGUUAUCACAUUGUUGUUCAUUGAGUUCUUGCCAACGAGUACGAAGUUACAAAGGCGACACAGCAAAGCGGAUGAAGCGGAGCAGGGCGAACAAGUGAAUUCUUCUGUUGUGCUGAUAGGAUCUACCGAGCCCCCAGGAGGUGAGAUAGAGAGGAAGAUUUCCGCCAAGCCACAGGAAGACACCUCAGAGAUUUAGAACUACUACGGAUGCAACACCUCUAUGAUCUCAAUAUUUCAACAGCCUAACAUCACUUCAAAUUUAAAAGCUUCAUACAUUCUUUUCCUCUGGUACAUCUUCAUGUCUGGGUAUAUCCUUUUAUUGUGUCGAACUAGCAAUAGUGUAGCUGUGUCGAUAAAACUGCUGCAAGCCUGCAACAAUAUCGUGCUGGGGAUUGCAAUGUAGUUUUGGAAUAUUUAUGCGAGAGUCAUUGUAAUUUUGAACUUGGAAAUCUAGAUUAGUAGUUCAUCAUCUAGAAUUCGAGAUGCAUACGAGAUCUGUGUAACAAUAGAUAUCAAUAAAGUGAGCCAUUCAGUCAAAAUUGCAUGCAAAGUUUGUUAAGGGAUCAUGUUUGAGCUCUACAGGCAAAAUUAUGUGUUUCUCCCUAGCUUGAACUAUUCAUUUUUUUAUGGGAGAACUGUUCAUUUAUUAUUUGACAGAGAGGUGUUUCUUUGAGCUCUACAGACUAUUUUGUAUUGCAAUCUGGAAGUGCAAUGUUUGAGCUCCACAGACUAUCAU